CCCCUUUCUCUCUCUCUCUCUCUCUCUCUCUCUCUCUCUCUCUCUCUCUCUCUCUUAUGGCCCCCUCCUGCGCGAUCUCCUCCGCAGGGGGAUCGGGGGCCUGUCGGUCCCGUUAUGAUUCGUGCCCGCCGUGACGAUGGGAUUCCGCCCACAUGCGCGCGCGCUGGUCGUCGGACCCGGACGAAUGGGAGGGAUGGGCGCCAUGAGGAGAGCCAAGGUACCUAUAGGCGUGAGGGUUUCAUCCCGAACGGGGGGUUGGCGUCUCUCCUGGGUAGGGUCUGCAUAGUGUGGGAGGGAUUGUGUAGGCCAGGUAG